AUGAGUUCCUUUGGACGUCUUUACAGAGUUACAACCUAUGGAGAAUCCCACUGUAAGGGAGUGGGUGCCAUUAUUGAUGGUGUACCUCCUGGUAUGGAAUUAACUGAAGCCGACAUUCAACCUCAAUUGACUCGUAGAAGACCUGGCCAAAGCAAACUGACUACACCUAGAGACGAAAAGGAUAAAGUGACCAUCAUGUCAGGCACAGAAUUCGGUGUAACACUGGGUACACCUAUUGGUAUUAUGGUCCCUAAUUUGGAUCAACGGCCUCACGAUUACAGUGAGACAGACAUUUACCCUCGACCCUCUCAUGCGGAUUAUACCUAUCUUCAAAAAUAUGGUGUAAAGGCAUCUUCUGGCGGUGGACGUGCCUCUGCUCGUGAGACGAUCGGACGUGUGGCCGCUGGCGCCAUUGCUGAAAAAUACCUUCGUUUAGCUUAUGGAGUAGAGAUUGUUGCUUUUGCUUCUAGUGUAGGUAAUGUGGCCAUGCCUUUUGUUCAGGAAGAAGAUCCUGAUCCAAAGCACAUUGAAUUUAUGAACACUAUCACACGAGAGGAUGUCGAUGCUGAUAUCUCCAGAUGUCCUGAUUCAACCACAGCAGAAGCUAUGAAGAAGCUCAUUGCACAAAAAUCAGAAGAAAAGAACUCUAUAGGAGGUUCAGUAACAUGUGUCAUCCGUAAUUGUCCUGUUGGCUUAGGAGAGCCUUGCUUUGAUAAGCUCGAAGCUCUCUUGGCACAUGCCAUGCUUUCAAUUCCUGCCACAAAGGGAUUUGAGUUUGGAUCAGGAUUCAGAGGCUCUAAAAUGUCAGGCGAUAAGCAUAAUGACCCCUUCUAUUUGAAAGAGGAUGGUCAAUUUGGUACAAUCACGAAUCAUUCAGGUGGUAUUCAAGGUGGUAUCUCUAACGGUGAACAUAUCUAUUUCCGUGUUGCUUUCAAACCAGCUGCUACCAUUUCACAAGAUCAAACUACUGCAAGUUACGAUGGUGUCACGGGUGUAUUGGCAGCAAGAGGUCGUCAUGACCCUUGUGUGGUCUCAAGAGCUAUUCCUAUCGUUGAAUCUAUGGCUGCUCUGGUCAUCAUGGACGCUGUACUGCAACAAGAAUCUCGCAAUGCUGCUGCUUCUAAAUUACCCAAGAUUGACAUUCAUCAUGCUUUAUUAGGAAAGCCUCCAAAGAAGGACUAA